GCCAUGAGAACACUGCGGAGAAAUGUUACGGAGAAUCGUCUUACCAUCUCCCGGCGUAGAACGGAGAAGAAGACCUCACCGAAUAAAACAGAAAAGUCAGUCCAGAUCCCAGUUGAUAUCAUCAUCGAGAUACUCCUGAGAUUACCGGCAAAAUCUAUAGCGACAUGUCGUUGCGUGUCGAAACUCUGGAUCUCCGUAAUUUGCCGUCAAGAUUUCACAGAGCUGUUCUUGACCCGAUCUUUGCAUCGACCGCAACUCUUAUUCUGCUGCAAAAAAGAUGGUAACUUGUUCUUCUUCUCGUCUCCUCAGCUUCAAAAUCCAUAUGAGAACUCGUCCGCCAUUUCUCUAAAGAAUUUCUCCUUAUGCUAUAAAAUUUCGCGUCCUGUCAAUGGCUUGAUCUGUUUUAAACGCAAGGAAAUGAACGAAACAGUGACAGUGAUAUGUAAUCCCAGCACUGGACAUACCUUAAGCUUACCUAAACCAAUGAAGACGAGUAUUGGGCCGUCAAGAUUUUUCGUGUAUGAACCGAUUCAGAAACAGUUCAAGGUAUUGUUGUCAUAUAAAAGUGAUGAGCAUCAAGUUCUGACACUAGGAACUGGAGAACUGUCAUGGAGAAUCAUCGAAUGUUCCAUGCCUCACAUUCUUGGAAUGUCUGAGAUAUGCAUCAAUGGUGUGUUGUAUUAUCCAGCGAUCAAUUUGUCUUCAGGGGAUUACAUUAUCGUUUGCUUCGAUGUUAGGUCAGAGAAGUUUAGAUUUAUUACAGUCAUGGAAGAGUUCAUUAAAGCAGCGCAUGAUGGAACUCUUAUAAACUACAAUGGUAAAUUAGCUUCACUUGUUUCUGAAAGAUAUUGCUUUGUUGAUGGACGUAGUAAGAGUAUUGAGUUGUGGGUUCUACAAGAUGCUGAAAAGAAGGAAUGGUCGAAGCAUACGUACGUAUUACCCGCUUGGUGGCAGCAUAGGAUUGGAACCCUGAAUUUACGCUUUGUUGGAGUGACUCGUACAAAUGAGAUUAUGUUGUCGCCGUGCUAUCAAACAGUGCCUUUCGACGUCUACUACUUCAAUAUUGAGAGAAAGACGAUGAUGAGCGUUGCAAUACAAGGAAUGGAAGCGUUUCAGGGUCACUUAGUCUUCACAUAUUUAGACCAUGUAGAAAACGUGAAGCUUCUGCAUAACAUGUUUUAAUUAGUACUUUUGUUUCUUAAGAUAUUUGUAACAGAAUUAGUCUGGCUCUUGGUUCCUAUCACAUGACUAUGGGAUCUUAUGUUAUACACUUAUUACUGUUCUUUUCUUCUUAUUG